CAGCGUGAGGGCUCGCUUUGGUAACAGAAAGGAGACUCUCUGUCUUAAAAUACGCACCUCCUUGAGCGUAUCCAAGGGAAUAUUCCCCAUCUGAUCGUUUCGACACAAAGAGGGUUCUCCCAUUUGUUCUUUUUUUUUAUGACUCUGGCAAAUUAUUCUUACUUCUCUGGCAUGUGCAACAUGACCGCAGAGCCAUCGCCUGCAGAGGCAAGCCCCGAUGUCAUGUCUCCAAAUGUGAGCUUGGACUCGCCGCUGCCUCCCCCGCCACUGAUGCUGCAGGCCCGGCAUAAGGACAACAUUCUUAUCAAGUCUGAGCCCCAUGGGAGCAGCCCCAGCGCGGAGGACGGAGACGCAGUGGGCCACACAGAGGAGCACCUACCCACAGGCAGCCGCCGCAGGAAGAGGCCCGUCCAGAGAGGGAAACCUCCCUACAGCUACAUCGCUCUCAUCGCCAUGGCCAUUGCCAACUCCACCGAGAGGAAGCUCACCCUUGGGGGCAUUUAUAAGUUCAUCAUGGAGCGGUUUCCGUUCUAUAGGGAGAACUCCAAGAAGUGGCAGAACUCCAUCCGCCACAAUCUGACCCUCAACGACUGCUUUGUGAAGAUCCCCAGGGAGCCUGGCAGGCCGGGCAAAGGCAACUAUUGGACUCUGGAUCCAGCAGCAGAGGACAUGUUUGACAACGGCAGCUUUUUAAGAAGAAGGAAAAGGUUCAAGCGCACAGAUGUGAGUACCUAUCCGGGUUACAUGCAGAGCUCCAGCGCCUUUACACCAGCCACCAUGGGGAGGCCGUCCUACCCCAACACGCUGUACGCCGGGAUCGGGUCAGGCUAUGGUUCCCAGUUGACAGCCACAUCCCCGCAUCCAGCCAUGAUGCAUCACUACCAGACCCCCUCGGGGGUAUGCCAGGGGCAGCCGCGCAUGUUCAGCAUCGACAACAUUAUUAGCCAGCAGACUGUGGUGCAGGGCGGCCCGGUCGGGGAGCUCAGCACCCAGGCGCUGGGUCUGAGCGGCGGUGACCUGGGCUCCAUGACCUCCAGCUGCUCUGUAACCAGCACCGACCCGUCAGCGUGUUUCCAGAGCCAGACUGUGAACCCUGCAGCGACCAUGCUGGGCAGAAACAGCGGAAACCUGACCUCCAAUCUGGCAACAGGGUACCCAUACUCCGCUGCCUCUGCCUCUCCUCCGAACCUGCCCUCGAUGAGCCAGGCCGGGUUCUCCCCCGGCGGCUCUCAGGUGUACUGUUCGAGUAACAGACUGUCGCUACCGGCGCUGCGCCACGGCUCCUGCGCAGAGCACACGGAGCCACUACUGGGCCUCCCGAACCCCAUGAACUCCUACAACAACAGCUACAUGAGACAGGGCAACUUUACAACAGGAUUAGAGAGGUACAUGUGAGACAAUAUGCUUUUAGUUCAAAUAAUAUUUGCAAUGACCAUACGCGUAAUAAAUGCCAUGUUUGUUCCAUUGUGGAAGGAAUUUAACACGUUCAUAUUUAAAGAGGUACAAAGCCAUCUAUAUUCGUUUGGAACAUUCCAUCUUUACAUUGAAAAGUUAUAGAUUGCUUCACAUUCUUCAUAAUUCACGUUUCAGUUUGUUUGAUUAAAUGUUUCCUUCUGUUCUGUAUGUGUAAAGUGUUUGAUGUAGCUCAAGAUUUUAAGAUGAAAAAAAGUGUGAUA